AUGUCGGGCUACACCAACAUCUGCCCCAAAAUCAACACUCUGGAACAGCGUACUAUCCUCAUCAGGACCGACCGUAUCCACAAAAAGCCUCAAGUCAAGGCACACUGGGCUAUACCUAUGCUCCAUCAAAUCAGCCCGCCUACCAGGGAAGGGGUCCAGCACUCGAUGGAUGACCCUCAACGAAGAACAACCAACUUCGUGAACGGUCAGCGAGUUAGAAUGGCAACGUCUCCUGACGAAGCCGAACAAAACGGUAUCAGGCGCGGUACCAACACUAUCUCGCAAUUUGACAACCAGUUCACAGGGACUGUUGGUUCCAGCACUUCGGCCAGUGAGGCUCAGAGGGAUGAGCGAUAUCCUCAAUACACCCAUCAGAGUUGUCCUGGCUAUCCUAGAACUCUCGACUAUCGCGGCCAAAAUAACAGCUCUUCACAAGCACGACGGUGA